AUGGAUUUAGGAGGGGACAGCACUGCCUCCCCACUAGUGCACUUAAUUCAGCAACCGAUUGCUCAGCAGCCAGAGGUGACAAUUCUCCAGCAGAUCCCGUCCCCUCUUCCGCCGUCGACUAGAACAGGCAGCAUCAGAGAAGAUCUGAUGGAACUGAUGAUGAUACAGAAUGCCCAGAUGCACCAGGUGAUCAUGAACAGCUUGGCCAUGUCGGCGGUGGCCCACUUCGAGCACAGCCCAGACCAGGUGCCCAGCGGCCUUUGGCAAGUGGAAGAAGAGGAAGGGGACGACCCAGCACCCCUUGUGUUCCACCAUCACUAUGCCCCCUACCCAAGCACCCCCCCACUCAUGCCGUGGCAGCCCCCACACCGACCUUUGGCUUGGCCACAGCAACACCCAGCCAUUCGCCACGUGGGACCCGACCUCGGGAGACGAAGCAGGUGA